UGUCGAAACUCAAUAAUUCAGUGAAGGUAUUUAAGCUGUCAUGUUUAGUUGGCAUAGCCAGUACUCUAUUUGUGAUACAUAGCGUUCAGCUGUAGUGAUUUGUUAAUAUUACUAGCUUCCCCCUCCCCUAUAUCCUAGAUUAGGAGUUUACUAUAUUUUAUAUUGAUCUGUCUUCUUUUAAAUUUAGUUUUAUUGUACAGAACUUUGACACUUAAUGUCCUUUAAAUGUGCUUUAUAAAUCAAUCUGACUUGACUUUCUGUUUUGCUCUUUCUAUUAAUAGCACUAAGCAGAGGCGUGUGGAUGACUUUUUCCAGAGAAGAGGCUUAUGCACCCCUCAGAUGACUGAGGUCUUGACAGGGAGCAUCCUCGACAUGUUUCUCAAAGACAUGAGACCAAUUUCUAUGGUUGGAGAUGAAGGCUUCAAGCAGAUGAUACACACAUUCCACCCAGGUUACACCUUACCUUCCAGAACUCACUUUACCAAGCUCAUGGAGGCAAAGUAUGAAGCUACUCUUGGUAAGGUUAAAGAAUCUCUUAAAUCAACCAAGAACAAGAUUUCCCUGACAGCUGAUGCCUGGACCAGUGUUGCUACAGAGGCAUAUCUUGGCAUCACUUGUCACUUUAUAAGUGAUGAGUGGGAGCUCAAUAGCUUUUGUCUCACAACAUUGCCACUAGAAGAACGACACACUGGAUCGAACAUUGCUGCAUGGAUUGAGCAAACUGUGGAAAUGUUUGAGAUCCCUCCAAAAAAGAUCAUGGCACUUGUCCACGACAAUGGCUCCAAUAUGGUUCUGGCAGCAAACAUUUUGCAGGAAAAACAUGGAUGGAUAUCUGUUCACUGUGCUGGACACACUUUGCAAUUGAUUGUCAACAAUGCACUGAAACACCCUCAGAUCAGUAAAGCACUGGGAGCAUCAAGGUGCCUCGUGGAGCACUUUAAACGAAGUGAACUGGCUUCAAGCAAGCUUAAAGCCAAGCAAAAACAGAUGGGGACCCCAGAACACAAACUUGUCCAGGACAUCUCUACCAGGUGGAAUAGCACCUAUUAUAUGAUGAAUCGCCUGCUGGAACAGAGAUGGCCACUGACUGCAACUCUGUCUGAUCCAGCUGUAACACAAAGAGGGAAACAUUUCCUAGACCUCAAAUCUGAUCAGUGGACACUGAUUGAAGAACUGGAAAAAGCUCUACAGGCUUUUGAAUGUGCCACUGUCUACCUGAGUGGUGAAAGCUAUGUGACAGUCUCUGCCCUGCCUCCUCUGGUCAAAGGUCUUUUGAACUCCACCCACACUGUCUAUGAUACGACUCCAGUGCAGGCCUUCCAGAAAGCUGCUUCAGAAGAGAUCAGUGCACGCUGGUCAAAAUUGGUCACGGUCACUGAUGAUAACCCAAGUAAACUGAUUAUAGCAGCUGCACUAGAUCCACGUUUUCGAAAAUCUAAAUUCCUGCCACCAGAGGAGAGGUUUAUUAUGCAGAGUAAAGUUCAAGCUCUGGCCUUACAGUGCAUGGAUGGGAGCAGCAUCGUAACAAACCAGAGCACCAAUAGGAUGGAAGAAGCCGCAGCACCACCAGAUGGGCAUGCCACAGGCUCACCUAAGAAAAGUCCAAGUAGGUCUGUUUCAGCUAUCGAAUCACUGCUUGGAUGUGACUCAACAGACAGUGACAGUGAAAUCAAUGAAAAUGAUGUGCAACACCAAGUGAUAACUAAUGAAGUGCUUGCGUACUUUGGAGAGCAGCCCAUCUCAAAGAAAGAAAAUCCCCUGUCUUGGUGGAAGCUGAAUGAGCCAAAGUAUCCAACUCUUGCAUCAAUGGCCAAAUCAUUCUUGUGUAUUCCUGCUACUUCCACUCCCUCUGAGCGCCUCUUCUCAGCAUCGGGUAACAUUGCCUCAAAGAAGAGAGCCAGUCUUUCUCCAGAGCAUGUUAAUAUGCUCACGUUCUUGCACUGCAAUUUAAAGCUUUUAUAAACAAGGGUGGGGAAUUCCAGUUCUGGAAGGCUGAAGGCCUGCACAAAUUUGUGUGCUUUUUCUGCUGACGCACACCUGAUUAGAGGGGGGUAUAAAGAAGACCUCAUCACUGAACUGUGAACUGAAACAAGUUCAACUUUUUUUUUUUUCUUUAGUAGAGGCAUUAUUUGAACAUUUAUAUUGAAUAUUCCUGAAUAUUUUUUCUUUCUUUCUUUUUUUCAUACUUUGUCACUUGUUGCUUAUUGUAUUGUACAGGUAUAUUGUAUUGCCUUUUUGUACUUAAAUGUCACAAACUUAUAUAGUAGAGUGGUGAAAACCUAUUUUGAGUUACACAUUUGCACAUUAUCUUAAUUUAAAAGACAUGGUGCACUUUUAUUUUGUAUUACCUAAUUUAAAUUUAUUUAUUUAUUAUUUUUUUUAUUGUGACAUUAAUAGUGCAUGUUAAUGUUUCAAAUAAAUUUGAUUAAGCUAUCAAGCUUUAGUUUCAUAUUCAUGUUUAAUG